AUGCCGUCCUUAUCCCAUCCAGAGUCUGUCACGUCGUCCGGGGGGACCUCGUUGAAUUCUUCACGUCCCAGCACGCCUGGUGACGAAUGUCAACAUGGCUAUGACGCCGACCAGGUGGUCCUUGUGAUUGGCGGCCUCGGCUUCAUUGGAUCACAUACAACGCUUGAGCUUCUCAAGGCGGGAUACAACGUCUCCAUCGUUGACGACCUCAGCAACAGCUUCAAGGUGGCCUUCAACCGCAUCAGAGACCUGGCACUCAAGCAUCACUCUAGUAGGGGCACCAAGAUGCCAUCCCUACAUCUGCACACGCUCGACUACCGCAGCCACAGCAUGCGCAGCCUCUUAGACUUGUAUUCAGAAACCAAUUGGAAGUCUUCCGAAACCGACACACAAGCUCCCCAUGGUGUGCGGCGGUCCCGCAUAUCCGGUGUUAUUCACUUUGCGGCCUUUAAAUCCGUUUCCGAGUCCAUCUCGCAUCCCGUGCAGUACUAUCAGAACAAUGUCUGCGGACUCGUCAACCUGAUUUCCCUGCUGGGCGAACACAAUAUCCGAAACUUUGUCUUUUCGUCGUCGGCCACGGUGUACGGAUGCAAGGCCGACCUGGGACGGCCACUGCGGGAGGAAGACCUCGUGCACCCCGAGUCAUACGUCGACGACAACGGGGUCGAAAUCACACCCGAAUCCUUUGCGAGCUUGCAAAGCCCCUACGCCAGGACCAAGUUUUUCUGUGAAGCCAUUCUGGCCGACAUUGCGCGCUCGGAUUCAUCGUGGCGCAUUACCUGUCUCCGAUACUUUAACCCCAUUGGAUGCGACUCUUCUGGCCUCCUAGGUGAGGACCCCAGAGGCACGCCCACCAAUCUCUUCCCCGUCAUCACCCAGGUGCUCACCGGGGCCCGCAAGGAACUGGACAUUUUCGGCUCCAACUGGGACACUCGCGACGGAACUCCUGUCCGAGACUACGUUCACGUUUCUGACGUGGCGCGGGGUCAUGUCGCUGCGCUGGCCGCCAAGUCCGUGGAGCCCUUCCGCACGUUCAAUCUCGGCUCAGGUACGGGGACAACGGUGGCCGAGGCCGUGCGCAGCCUAGAAAGGGCUUCGAAGCGGCCGAUUCCUGUUAGGCUCGCGGAUCGAAGAGAAGGCGAUGUCGGCUCGUGCGUCGCCUCCAACGAACGGGCUUUCAGAGAGUUGGGGUGGGAGGCCAAAGAGAGCGUUGGCCAGUGCGCCGAAGACUUGUGGAACUUCGUAUCCAAAGCCCAAGUACCGAGUUGA